GAUCGUUUGUACGGCUCUUUACGAAAUCCUGAAGCAUUAUGCCACCUAAGGCGAGCGGCAAAGCUGUGAAGAAGGCCGGUAAGGCCCAGAAGAAUAUCAGCAAGACCGACAAGAAGAAGAAGCGCAAGAGGAAGGAGAGCUACGCUAUCUACAUCUACAAAGUACUGAAGCAAGUACACCCGGACACCGGAAUCUCCAGCAAGGCUAUGAGCAUAAUGAAUAGCUUUGUCAACGAUGUCUUCGAGCGCAUCGCCGCCGAGGCGUCGCGUUUGGCUCACUACAACAAACGCUCGACGAUCACUUCUCGGGAGAUCCAGACCGCUGUCCGGCUCUUGCUACCUGGAGAACUGGCCAAGCACGCCGUGAGUGAAGGCACCAAGGCUGUCACCAAGUACACCAGCUCCAAGUGAAGCGUUCCUCUCCAGAUCAACGGCCCUUAUCAGGGCCACAAAUUUCUUCAUACGAUUGGCAUUCUCACGGUUCCAAUAUUUCUGAAUAUAACAAUUUACGUAUAUACCUAUUACGUAUAUACUAUUCACGAAAUUAUAAGAUUCUUAACUUUUGUAUCGUGGAAGAGGUAAUGAAAUGAACUUUGCACGGUUCAUCUUUCCUCUUUUCUUUUCACAAUUCACGUUACA